AGGUAAAGAAGUAUCUGGGGUUUCAUUCCCGAACCAUGAAGAGGUUUUGCGCAAUCGCUGCAAUUGGCCAGGCCAUAGUAGGCGGCGCCACUGCUAAAACCGGUCAUCAUCAUCGCUUUAUUCAAGUGGCUCUCUUCAGCAGCGCCGCCAGCCUUCCCGGGAACUCUCACUGGUUUUCGCAUCAUGAAAUUGCUGAUCGUUUUGGCCACUGCAGGCGCUCCGCAACGGACGGUGUCGCCGGAACCAUGUUCUUCUCAGUAGCCGCCGCCACCCCCUCCUCCUCAUUGACCGGAAAUGUUCACGCUGAGGAAUUGCAACUGUCCAAGAAUUUCCUCCCCAAAGACGUCGUGCUUUAUCAGUACGAAGCUUGCCCCUUCUGUAAUAAGGUUAGAGCAUUCUUGGAUUACCAUGACAUACCUUAUAAAAUUGUGGAGGUCAACCCCAUGAACAAAAGGGAGAUCAAAUGGUCUGGCUACAAGAAGGUCCCAAUACUGAUGGUUGAUGGUGAACAAAUGGUUAACUCAUCAGAGAUAAUUGAUGAAUUAUUCCAAAGGAUCCACCCUGAGAUAUCUGCUUCAGGUGAUGAUGAAGAAAGGAAAUGGCGAGGGUGGGUGGAUAAUCAUUUGGUGCAUGUCUUACCACCAAAUAUAUAUCGAACUACUUCUGAGGCUCUUGAGUCAUUCAACUAUAUUACAAGCCAUGGCAAUUUCAGCCUCACUGAAAGGAUAAUAGCAAAGUAUGCCGGAGCUGCAGCUAUGUAUUUUGUGUCGAAGAAGCUAAAGAAGAAACAUAAUAUCACUGAUGAGCGUGCAGCCUUGUAUGAAGCUGCAGAGAUGUGGGUGGAUGCUCUAAGUGGUCGCAAGUAUCAUGGCGGGUCAAAACCUAAUUUGGCUGAUCUUGCUGUCUUUGGCAUUCUGAGACCUAUCCGCCACCUCAAGUCUGGUAUAGACAUGGUGGAGCACACACGCAUCGGUGAAUGGUAUGCUAGAAUGGAAACUGCCGUGGGAGAUUCUUCUAGAGUAAUGGCCUAAAGUGGAACGUGAGUCAGGUUUGGAAAGAUAGAGCAAACAGUUGACACAGAGAAUAAUACAUUCAACAUUUUUAUGUCUAAGCUUAUAGGACAAGAUCAUCUGUCUUCAUCGGUUUUGCCAAUCAGGUAAUGUUGAUACAGGGUGCUUUCGUGGUCGGGAAAUCAAAUCGUGUUGUUAGUCGGUUAGAAAUCUUCUAUAUUUUCCAUCUGUUUGGUCUAUGGUUUGUAUUUUGGUGUGCCGCGCUAUGAACUUGAAUGUAUGAUGUCUUGCUGCACCAGUUGGCUCCUCGGGUGCUGGUAAAAAGGUAGCAGUUAAUGGAGAUUUUGGUUCAGUUUUGAAGCGAAAA